AUGAGCUUAAAAUUUAUUUACACAAUUAUCUUUGCUGCAUUGCUUUUUACUGUUAAUGCUUCUAAUAAUGAGCAAAAUUUUUUUGAUUUUUUAAAGGAUGUUGAAUGCGGAGAUGAUGGAGAUGGUGAAUAUUAGAAAAAAUUAUUUGAAAGAAAAUAGAAUAGAAUAUAAAUUUAACAAUUAAAUAUGUAUUAGGAAUUAUUAAAAUUUUGAAAAUUACUU